AGACUGGUAAUACGCACUCAUAUUCAGUUGUUGAUUGUACCACUGUGCUAAUUGUGGUAAUAAACCAAUUCAAGGCAGAUAAUUGAAUUUAAAACCUUUUUCAAAGUAAUGUAUCCAGCGGACCAGAAAAGGUUUGCAGUUUCUCCUGAAGAGGGCGACCUUGGCGGCACGGCGUUCCAUCAAGGGGGUUGGGUUUAGCGGUGCACGGGUCUGUCACUACUUGCUGCUGAAGGCAGUUCGGAGCGCGAACCGGAGAGUCGGUUCUGCUGAUUUAGGAGGCACGAGGGGACUGGGUUGGAAGCAGAACCCCGAUGAAUAAGCUUGGUUAGAUACAGAACGCACUAGUCUGUGGGGAGUCGCGUAUUGCAGGGAAAUUCUGCAGACAGUGGGUUAAGAAUUUAAGAAGAAAAGGCUAGCUAGGGAUUUAAGGUAGAGAGUUUCUUAUCAGUGCAUCUGCUGUGCAAUCAGUUUUUUUUUUAAACCUGCCUGUACCUGCCAGGGAGAGGCAACCUUAAAGCGGGGAAAGUCGGGAUAAGCAGCGAGGUUACACGGGUGAAUUCGCCAGAGCAGCGCUGAGGGAAAGGGAGAGACGCCAGCGUUGUUCAUACACAGGGAUUAUUAUUAUUAUUAUUAUUAUUAUUAUUAUUAUUAUUUGUAAACGACUGAAUUGUGGGUUUGCGACCGUCACGGCUGCAGGAUCCGAAGGGCACCUCCUCAUACAAGUUGUAAGGUAUCGUUGUUUGGGCAGCUGGAAAUCUCGCUCGAUUGCAGACGUUUCCGUGAUCCUAGCUGUAGAUACCGCUUCAAGAUGCCUCUUGCACAGCUAGCAGACCCCUGGCCCAAAAUGGAGCUCAUCCAUCUGGAAACUGAGAAUGGACAGGGCAGUGUGGAAGACGGUGUCCAACAAGAGGACAUUGGCGUUAUUAAAGAGAUCAACAUCACCCACCAUGUCAAGGAGGGCUCGGAAAAGGCAGACCCUUCUCAGUUUGAGCUACUUAAAGUCUUGGGUCAGGGAUCCUUCGGAAAGGUAUUUUUAGUCAGGAAAACCACCCCACCAGAUGACAAGCAGUUAUAUGCCAUGAAGGUGCUGAAAAAAGCCACGCUCAAAGUGAGGGAUCGAGUCAGAACGAAAAUGGAAAGGGACAUCUUGGCAGAUGUGAACCAUCCAUUUGUUGUGAAACUGCAUUACGCUUUUCAAACCGAAGGGAAGCUCUACCUUAUCUUAGACUUUCUCAGAGGAGGUGAUCUUUUUACCAGGCUCUCCAAAGAGGUGAUGUUUACAGAAGAAGACGUGAAAUUUUACCUGGCAGAGCUGGCCCUUGGCCUGGAUCAUUUGCACAGUGUAGGAAUCAUCUACCGGGACCUCAAACCCGAAAAUAUCCUGCUGGAUGAAGUGGGACACAUCAAGCUUACAGACUUUGGCCUGAGUAAGGAGGCUAUCGACCACGAGAAGAAGGCCUUCUCAUUCUGUGGGACGGUGGAGUACAUGGCCCCAGAGGUGGUGAACAGGCAGGGGCACAACCACAGCGCCGACUGGUGGUCUUAUGGAGUCUUAAUGUUUGAGAUGCUCACGGGUUCCCUGCCGUUCCAAGGGAAGGAUCGCAAGGAGACAAUGAACCUGAUCCUCAAAGCGAAGCUUGGGAUGCCCCAGUUUCUGAGUGCUGAAGCUCAGAGUUUACUGCGAGCUCUUUUCAAAAGGAAUCCAGCAAACAGAUUGGGAGCUGGGACUGAUGGCGCUGAGGCAAUUAAACGGCAUGUCUUCUACUCAACCAUAGACUGGAACAAACUGUUUCGCAAGGAACUUAAACCACCGUUCAGACCAGCUGUGGCCAGGCCAGAUGACACGUUUUACUUUGACUCUGAGUUCACUUCCCGGACACCCAAAGACUCCCCUGGGGUUCCUCCGAGUGCUGGGGCUCACCAGCUGUUCCGUGGGUUCAGCUUCGUAGCCACAGGAAUGCUGGAAGACGAGGGCAAUGAAGUGCAGGAACUGAAACCCCUGCAUCCUGUGGUCCAGCAACUUCAUGGUAAGAACCUCCAUUUCAAUGACGGCUAUAACGUGAAGGAGGAUAUUGGAGUAGGAUCCUACUCUGUCUGCAAACGCUGCGUGCAUAAGACAACUAAUACAGAAUACGCUGUCAAGAUAAUUGACAAGAGUAAGAGGGACCCUUGUGAGGAGGUUGAAAUCCUCCUGAGAUAUGGGCAGCACCCCAAUAUCCUCACACUGAAAGAUGUGUACGAUGAUGGGAAGCAGGUGUACCUGGUGACAGAGCUGAUGAGAGGAGGGGAGUUGCUGGAUAAACUCCUGAAGCAGAAAUACUUCUCUGAGCGCGAGGCCAGCGCUGUCCUCUACACCAUCACGAAGACUGUGGAGUAUCUCCACUGUCAAGGGGUGGUGCACAGGGACCUGAAGCCCAGCAAUAUUCUCUAUGUGGAUGAGUCCGGGAACCCCGAGUCCAUAAGAAUCUGUGACUUUGGCUUCGCCAAGCAGCUCCGAGCCGACAACGGGCUGCUCAUGACACCCUGCUACACGGCCAACUUUGUAGCGCCCGAGGUUCUAAAGCGCAGAGGUUACGAUGAGGGCUGUGAUGUGUGGAGCUUGGGGGUAUUGCUGUACACAAUGCUAGCAGGAUACACUCCAUUUGCCAACGGCCCCGACGACACUCCAGAUGAGAUCUUAUCCAGGAUUGGAAGUGGCCACUUCAACAUCAAGGGAGGGAACUGGGACACAGUGUCUGAAGCUGCAAGGGACCUGGUGUCGAAGAUGCUCCACAUAGACCCUCACCGUCGCCUGACAGCCAAACAGGUCCUGAAACACCCCUGGAUCAUCUAUCGGGACAAACUGUCUGAGAACCAGCUUCAGCACCAGGACGCCCAACUUGUCAAGGGUGCCAUGGCUGCAACAUACUCUGCCCUGAAGACUUCCAAGCCUACCCCUCAUCUCAAGCCCAUUGAGGCCUCCAUUUUGGCACAGAGAAGAGUAAAGAAACUUCCUUCCACCUCCCUGUAAGGGCUUGAGCCAGGUCACCAUGGCAACGGCUCCCUCCCCAGCGGCCUUCCCGACAGCGUGCGCGUUACGGACUCUCAGUGUCGUUUUAUUUGGCUUCAUUGACAGCAGAGUAGGAAUUAUUCAUGAGUCAGUGUGGUUGUUCUGGUCUUUCAGAUUUAUAAUUUAUCAACAGCAUGCCUCCAUUUCAGUAUGUGUUGAUGUGAUGAACACCUGCUUAAAGUAUGCUUUUGUUUUUUCGUUUUUGUAUUUUUUUUUUUUUUU